UUACAUUCUUUUUUACGUCACUGUAUUGUUGAGCUUGAGGAAGCGACUGACAAUUCAACGAGCUCUCGAACUUUGACAAACAGUGACUUUUCUGACUAUUUCAUUGUGUCUAAAUGCAUGCCGUUAAACCGGUUAUUCUCAAUGCAUAUUUGUAGUAACGUUUAAAGGGGUGUGAAUAAGCUCGUCAGCUCUCUGACUGCAUUGAGUUGCUGUCAGGUCACAGAGACCGUGAAGUGCAACACUUAUCGAUCAACAUCAAGAACCCCUGUAUCUUCUCUGUCGAUAUUCAUUGAUUGUGAGUGAUGGGGGCCCACAGGAGCGAGGGACGCCGGGAAUGGCUCCAGCAGGAUUUCACUGAGCAGCAGGUACAGACAGUGAAUCCCUGGAACAUCAUGAUCAAACACAGACAGGUGCAUCGCAGGGGACGGCGCUCACAGAUGACGGUUAGUUAUACAGAUCCUGUCAUUUCCAUGGAUCUUCUGCGGACCGUUCUGCAGCCCAGCUUCAAUGACGACAUCCGUGCUGUGUUCAGAAAAUAUAUGAAGUUUUUUGAGAAGGCGGCCAGCAAUGUGAAGGAGAAUGUUGGUGGAGACGUGCAGCCCGAUCAGCUUAUCAGAGAUGCUUGCAGAAACUGCCUGGAACAUGCAAAGCAGCUCUUUCCUGAUGCAGAGAAAACGGCUCAGAAACCUAGUGUUGACUCCACAGUGAAGCGUUCACGGCAGCCAGACGACACAUCCGGCCAGAGAGACAGCCCCAUCCCUAAAAAGAGGAAAGGUCGUCCUCCUGGUCCAGUUGUACAGUACGACAGAACGGCCCAGUACAGCACUCCCAUAUUCCGUAGAGCGAAACCCAAAGUAUCCGAGCCAAUAAAGAGAGAAGGACCUAAGUGGAACCCAUCCAGACUGAAUGAGGACAGCACAUUCGUUCUGGGAUCCAGGGCAAAUAAGGCUUUGGGAAUGGGCGGUACAAGAGGAAGAAUCUACAUCAAACACGCAGAGCUCUUCAAGUAUGCCGCUGAUGCUCAGGACAAACACUGGCUUUCAGAAAGACAGCACAUGAGAGCCACAGGUGGAAAGAUGGCCUAUCUGCUUAUAGAAGAGGAUAUUCUUGAUCUUGCCCGAAGUGAUGACUACAAGGACUGUCCUGACUUGAAGCUGGAUGAAUUGAAACCAUUUACAGUGCCCAUUUGGAUGGUGGAGAAGAUGCAGAAGGCAAUGGAAGCACAGAAAACAGAAAAUGAUCUUGUCAUGUAAUGCCAAACUCGCCAGGCAAGUC